AUGAAAAUUGGUUUUAUUGGUAGUGGUAAAAUGGCUCAAGCGUUAGCUCGAGGGCUCAUCAAUUCAGGACGAAUUGAAGCUGGGAAUAUCAUUGCCAGCUCGCCUAAACAAGAUGUUCAAUUAUUAGAGCAAUGCAAAGUUCUCGGAUUGCAAACUACUCAUGACAAUACCGAAGUUGUUCAUAAAAGCGAUGUUGUCUUCUUGGCAGUGAAACCUCCACACGUCAGCAAGGUUGCAUCAGAAAUCGCUCCUAUACUAAACAGAGAACAGUUAGUUGUCUCUAUUGCAUUGGGAAUAACUAUCCGUAACAUUGAAUCGCUUUUGCCUUCCAAAUCUCGCGUUGUCCGUGUGAUGCCAAAUACUCCUGCCGUCGUGAGAGCUGGAGCUUCAGCUUAUGCAAUGGGAUCUGCAUGUCGCGAUGGGGAUGGAGAUUUAGUUAAAGAUUUAUUGAGCACCGUGGGCUAUGCCGUUGAAGUUCCCGAAAUUCACAUAGAUCCAGUAACUGGAUUGUCGGGCUCCGGUCCAAGUUAUAUGUUCGCUGUUAUUGAAGGUUUGGCGGAUGGGGGUGUUAAGGUGGGCCUUCCAAGAGAUUUAGCCAUGAAAUUGGCUGCUUAUACUUUACUAGGAGCUGCUAAGAUGGUUUUAGAGACAGGAACACACCCAGCCCAACUUAAAGAUGACGUCCAAAGCCCCGGCGGAUCUUCUGUGUAUGGUAUGCACAAGUUGGAAAAUGGUGGAUUAAAAGGUAUACUGAUGGAUGCGGUUGAAGCUGCUACCGAACGCUCACGUCGAACUGGCGAUAAAAAUAUUCAGAAUCGUGACUUCCGAAUUCAGGAACUAAAACGUGAUAGUGAUAUCGAUCGAACUGAAGAAGAUAUGGAUUCAUGUAGAUCUUACAAUUUUUACUAUUGA